CCUACUUUCUAAGGAUAAACCCUAGAUCCGCCAUAUUUUGUGAAAAAAUUUUAAGUAAUUGUAAUCAAAUAAAACAAUAAGGGACGAGCUGUUGUUCUGUCUUGUGGUUUCGAAAUGGAAGAGUUUGAACUUACUGAUGAUCCUGAUGAAAAUCAAGAUGAUUCAGACCACAAAAAAUUAAUAAACCAGAUGCUAAUCAAGCAGUGGCAAAAUGAAAUUUUCUGUGAUCUUUCCAUUAAUCUAAGAGAUACAUCACUUAAAGUUCAUGCUUGGCUUGUGUUUGGAAUUUGCCCAAGCUUACAAGGAAUACUGGAAAUUCAAAGUGGAAAUUUUGGAAGCUAUAUUUUGAAUCUGGAACAGUUUUCCAAAAGUGCAUUUGAUCCUGUGAUUAGAUUUAUUUAUACUGGUAUUCUAGAUCUAGAACAGGAAUCAAGAGAUAACGUAAUAAACAUUAAGGAUGUGGCACAUUUCAUGAAACUUAAAACCAUUGAAGAUAGAUGUCAAAAGUAUUUAACAAAAUGCCAGGAAACAAAUGAACUAGUAAAGACCAAUGAUACAGAUUUGGAGGAGGAUACAGCAACUUAUGAAGUAAAUAAACAAAGUUCUUACCAAGUAGUAAGACCUAGAAGAAAAAGUAAAAGAAAAAAUAACAAAUGGGGGCCAAUAAAAAUCAGACAAAAAUGCACCGUUAAAAAACCAAUAAAAACAAAAUCUUCUGAAGUCGCAGAGAAAAUUAUGAAACAAGAAUCUAAGUGUACAACUUCAAGCCUAGUCUCUCUUGAGGAAAAGUUAAAAAGACCGGACACAGAAGAAACAAAUGCAGACGCCAGCGAUAGUGCAGACAUUGUGGAUCUACCCAUCAAGAUUAGACUAAAAAGAACAAGAUCGAGAAAAUCAAGCCCAAUAAAAAUAGAUCUCAGUCAAAUAAUCGUCAAACAAGAAGUGGAAGAUGUUCCAGAAAUAGAUGAGUCAUCAGAAUAUUCUUGUGAAAUUUGCGAUUCCUUCUUUGGCUGCGUUGAGGAGCUAAUAUUACAUCAAAACACACAUGGAUCUCCAUAUGCUUGUGACAUAUGUGGUAAGGGCUAUAAAAUGAAGUCACAUUUAACACAUCAUAAAAGAGUCAAACAUUUGCAUUUGGAGCACCUUAUUUGUCGUUUUUGCGGAAUCAAAAUGCAAGCAGAAACAUUGUUACGGAAGCAUUGUCAAAGUGAACACAAUGAAACAAGACCGUUUAAAUGUAAUCAUCCUGGAUGUGAGUACAAAGGGAAAAGGCAUGAAUUUCUUCGUAGACAUAAACAGACACAUCAAGAAGUUUAUGAUUACACUUGUGAAAAUUGUGGUAAAACUUUCUCUCAAGUAAAUGGAUUACAGAGUCAUCAUCGAGCAUGUUAUAAACUGCGCGAGUAUUUGUGUGACGUUUGUGGAAAAGCUUUUAAUCAGUACAGCGGUAUGGUUUUACAUCGUCAGUCCAUGCAUUUCGGAGAGAAGCCAUUUCAGUGUAACGAGUGCGGAACAAAAUUCUCAGAUCCUAGAAAUCUAAAACGACAUAAACUAAUUCAUGAAAAUGCCUUUCCCUUUUGUUGUGAAAUAUGUGGAAAUCGCUUCCGCCAUUCUAAUUCCUUAAAAGAUCAUAUGAAAAGACAUACUGGUAAAAAUUAUGAUCAAGUUCAAAAUAAGAAAAUGAUCAUAAACAAUUUACAAUCAGAAACAAUGUUAACAAUGAAUGCAACAGGGGAGUUAAUCCUGCAGAACUCAAUUAAUUCUAAUUCACUAGUGCCUAAUGAUGUACCCCAAAUAGCCUGUACAAGUCCCUCCGGAGAAAUAGAUGUCACUUCAACUAGUAAAACAAUUUGUCAUGACUUGGGUAUAGUAGGGCAGUAAAAUUCAAAAACAUUAUAUUAUUUAUUAAAUAACCCCUUAGGCAAACCCAAAAGGUAUAAACCAUAUUGCACAUCUUGCUAUACACGAACUCUAAUGUCUAAUACAUUUAUAUAUAUAUACCGGUACAUGAAACCUUUUAAAUCUUAGAGCCCAUUCUACAGUAUAUUGUUGCAUUCUGACACAAAAGAUUUGGUGUAUUUUGGGACUAAAUUACUGUUUGUUAUCCGGUUAUGUUUUGAAGAUGGACCACCAUUAAAUAUACAGACUGUGAAAUAAAAUAUAAUCUAUUUUAAUCAUGUCAAGACAUGGUCAAAAUUCUAUUUUCAUGUAGUAAAGCUCCAAACUGAUUCAAUUAACAGAGGCUUCUAUUUGCCAUAACUUUUUAUGAUACUGUUUUAACUUACUCAUCCAUGUGGAAUAGACUAUAUCCAUGUUGAAUAGGCUACAUCCAUGUUUAACAGGCUACAUCCAUAUGGAAUAGGCUACAUAAAUAUGGAUUAUGUAUGUCCAUGUAUAUGUUUACCAGUAUACAUAUAUUUAUAGACUUCACUGGUUUCAUUGGGAUAACAUAAAAGUCAACCGAUAUUUAACCAUACUGUAAAAUUUUUACCUAAAAUAUGGAUGGCACCAGACAGAUGACGUCACAUUUAUAUAGUAACACUUUUAUCAGCUUUGCUACUGGCUCAUGUAAAAUUGUUAUUUAGUUUUCUAAAAAUAUAUUUUGUUGAUAUUUAACAAUCUUUAACUUGUUUUAAACUUUUUAUACGCCCACAUUUUCAUGUGGACGUAUUAUGCCGUCACCCCUGUCCGUCCGGACGUCCAGAAUUGUUUGUGGACUCUCUACAGGUCACAAUUCUUAUCCGAUUUUGACGAAACUUGAAAUAUAGGUUUAUCCCCAAAAUAUCUUUUCUGCUUUCGAUAUUGGCAUGUAUCGGAUCGAAACUUCAUGGAUUAUGGCCCCUGAUUGUACGAAAAAUCACGUUUUUAUAGAGGUCACAAUUUUUAUCCGAUUUUUUUUAAACUUGAAAUGUAAGUUUAUAACCCAAAGAUUUCAGUUCCUUUCGAUAUUUGCGCAUAUCGGACCGUAACUUCCUGAAUUAUGGCCUCUGAUUGUACGAAAAAUCGCGUUUUUAGCUUGUGGACCCUAUAGAGGUCAUAAUUUUUAUCCGAUUUAAAAAACCGUAUUAUUAUAUAACACAAAGAUCUCAGUUUCUUUCGAUAUUUGCGCAUAUCGAAUUGUAAUUUCCUGAAUUAUGGCCCUUGAUUGUAGGAAAAAUCACUUUCUUGUUAGCUUGUUCUCUAUCCAACUCUCGAAAAUGUGGGCGUAUCCUGCCUGGCAGUCGCUGAUUUGUAUUAUUGUUAAAUUUAUGAGCUUUCUUUGUUUAAAAAAAAAAAAAUGUAAAAUUGCAGAAGAAAUUUGUGCAGUGCAAAAAUCAGAAAUAGACAAAUUUGUGACAGACAAAAUGACAAGCCAUCAGAGGAGUAGUGUCUGUGAAAGAUGACUGAUUUCCAGGCUUGACAAUAGAUCUGUAUCUCGGUAUUGUUUAAGAGUCUUAAGACUAUAUUUAAGCUUGUUUAAGAUGUUAGUAUAUAUAAUAUACACUAAUAGCUGUUGUUUUGUUUUCUUUAUUAUAUUAUUAUUUCUGCUUGUUUUUUGUUGUA